UUUUUUUUUUUUUUUUUGAUCUGUUACGAGUCGGUUUGACCAAAGAAGCUGUCUAUUUUUCUUUUUCUUUCUUCUUCUUCUUCUUCUUCAAUGUCGUUGAAGAUCGAAACCCUUGGCUUGCGGAUUCGGAGCAAUACAUCAUCGAAAUCGAUUUUUUCGCAGGCUUUGAAUUUCGGAAGGAGAAAGACGAUUUGAUUUUUCUCUUUGGCACUUUGCUUCUUUGUGUGUUCAUCAGUUUCGGUCAUUUUGUUAGGGUUUUUGGGGGAAAUGAAGUCUCCCCUUGCGAAGCUGCGGAGAUUCGGAAUCAACAAGAACGAUUCUAAAGAUAAGAGAGAUUUUCAACCUUCGGCACAGUUGGAUGAGCUAGCUCAGGCCGCUAAGGACAUGCAAGAUAUGAGAAAUUGCUAUGAUAGCUUGCUUUCUGCAGCUGCCGCUACGGCGAAUAGUGCAUAUGAGUUCUCAGAAUCCCUGCGGGAAAUGGGUGCUUGUUUACUAGAGAAAACUGCCCUUCAUGAUGACGAAGAGAGUGGUAGAGCUUUGCUUAAGUUAGGGAAAGUGCAAUAUGAACUUCAAAAACUUGUUGAUAGUUAUCGUGCUCAUGUAAUUCAGACGAUUACAAAUCCAUCAGAAUCUCUUCUCCAUGAACUUCGGACUGUUGAGCAUUUGUGCUGGUUUGUGAAUUGUGCUCAGUAUCGUGAUUCUUUGGUACAGGAGAUGAAGCGACAAUGUGAUGAGAAAAGGGAUAUAUAUGAAUACAUGGUGGCACAACAAAAGGAAAAGGGCAGGUCAAAAAGUGGGAAAAGUGAAAGUUUGUCAUUUCAGCAAUUGAAAGCAGCUCAUGAUGAAUAUGAUGAAGAGGCAACUUUAUGUGUUUUCCGGUUGAAAUCUCUAAAGCAAGGGCAAUCCCGAAGCCUUCUAACACAGGCAGCUCGUCACCAUGCAGCUCAGUUGAAUUUUUUUCGGAAGGGACUUAAAUCACUUGAGGCUGUCGAUCCACAUGUGAGAUUGAUUACAGAGCAACAACAUAUUGAAUACCAAUUUAGUGGACUUGAAGAUGAUGACGGUGAAGACAGAGAAUAUGGCAAUGAUGAUAAUGCAUAUAGGGAAUUGAGUUUUGACUAUAGAACGAAUAAGCAUGGGUUUGAUGCUGUUCCGACAUCAAUGAAUUCGAUGGAGGUGGAUGAAGAGGAAAAUUCAUCUCCCCAAGCUUCAAAACUGGAAAGUCCUGAGAUUAUUUUAGAUAAAAGUCAAGCUGAUCUCUUGGUGCCAAGUAGAGAUGUAAGAGUUGGCAGCUACUCAGCCCCAAUUUUAGCAGAAAAGAAGUUUGAUCCGGCGGAGAAAGUUAGACAGAUCCAAGCAUCAGCUGCUCGCAAGUCUAACACAUAUGUGUUGCCCACACCUAUUGAUGCAAAGGGUUCAAUAUCUUCAAAAAAUACAAGUUCAAUUAAUCCUAGGCCAGGUGGACGAGCCCACUUGUGGCAUUCUUCCCCUUUGGAAGAAAAGAAGCAUGAGAAAGACUAUGGGGAUGGUAACUUGUCAGGGUCCAAUAACAUAAAAGCACAGUUGACACUCAAAGAGAGCAGUACUAAAUCCUCCAUCCUACUACCUCCUCCUCUGGCCGAGGGACUUCCACUUCCACAGCAUGAUACGGUUAAUGUAUCUGAUACUAAGAAGAUUAAAGCUUUCUCUGGUCCAUUAACUAGUAAGUCAUCAUCAACAAAACCUGUUUUAUCUGCCAGCGGUCCAAUUGCAUCUGCUGAUUUACCUCAUCUAGUCUCUGGAAUGGUUUCUCGUCUACCAGUGCCUCAGUCUUCAUCUCCGAAAGUAUCUCCAAGUGCUUCACCUCCACCUGUUUCCUCACCUAAGAUAAGUGAGCUUCAUGAACUUCCUAGGCCCCCAGGUAGUUUAGCUGCUAAGCCAUCAAGAACUCCUGGUUUAGUUGGUCACUCUGCUCCGUUGUACUUUAGAAAUCAUGAGCUUAAUCCAACAAAUAGAGUCCCUUUAGUAGCAUCAAAUAAGGCAUCUCCUCUUCCGACUCCUCCGAUGGUUGUUCCACGAAGUUUCUCUAUUCCUUCCAGCAGUCAGAGAUCAAUGACAUUGCAUGUAACAAAACAUUUUGAUUCUCAUCAAGUUUCAAACAAGGCUGAAAAUGUUACUUCACCUCCAUUAACACCUAUUUCCCUUGCGAACAUAAAGCCAGGACCAACUGUUUCUGAAGUGGCCACUCAGUCUAGUCCGAUCCAAGUGGAUGCAGGUGCAGGCUAAUUUGGUGGCACACUGGGUGAAGCCGUGAAUAGGUUGAACAAUUUUGAUAGCUCUGGGAGUAAAAUUUUUUCGUGCUUAAUCAUCCUUCAUCACGACCACGACCACGACCACGAUGAAAGCAAAACUAUAAUUGGGAGAUGAAAACACUUCAGUGGAAGCAUGUGGGAGCUGAUAUUCAUGCAACAGAUAUUAGGUGAAGCUGUGGAUUUUUUUGGGCCUGCCAAGCGAAAGGCUGUUUUUGGCCUCUGUGUUGUUUAUGUUAGGUUCAGUUUUGUAAAUAUGAUGUCAUUAUGAAUUUGUUUAGUCUCUCAUCCACAAGCUUUGUUCAGGGUUUUGUUAUUGAAUACGAUGAGAAACUAAACUCCACGUUUUGUCUUUCCAUGUGUCGUGUAUAUGUUUUCUUCAGAUGAGGAAUUUUGUUUAUUUUGUGGAGUAAUUCACUAAUUAAUGGAAAAGAGGAUUUUACGUCUUUGGACCUCGA